AUAUUACGUGAAUAUUUGCCAUUCGUGUUCUGUUGGCGAACUAUUCAGACAAAAUGGACGUAAAGGAGCGAAACCUUGUGGGCUGCGGAGAGAACAUCGUGGACAUGGCUGACAUGGACGAGGAAAACUUUGCCGUUUCGAACUCAUCAGCUUCAGAUGCUGCUUUUGAUACUGUUAUUGGCAGUAUAGAAGACAUCAUCAUGGAGGAGGAGUUCCAGCAGCUGCAGCAGAGCUUCAUGGAGAAACACUACCUGGAAUUUGAUAACUCUGAAGAGAAUAAGCUGAGCUACACACUUAUCUUCAACGAAUAUGUUGAUCUGCUAGAGAAACAUCUGGAGGAGCAGUUGAUGGAGAGAAUCCCUGGUUUUAACAUGUCCACCUUCAUUGGCCUACUUGUGUAUCAUAAAGCAGACGUGCCGUGUGACAUCUUUGACAUGCUGCAGAGUUUCACCGACUUCACAGUCUUUAAGGAGAUGUUUCUGGAUUACAGAGCUGGGAAGGAGGGACGAGGGCUGGACCUGAGCCAAGGACUGAUAGUCACAUCCUUAAGCUCCGCAUGAUACUAACAUGUCAGCUCCACUGGACCCCAAUGACACACACACACACACACACACAUACACACCUGGAGAAGCCUCACACUCUACAACAAUAUCCUUAUUUAGUUUUUUUUCCCACACUUUUUGCCAGCUACUACACCUAGCUACUAUAAUUAUUUCCUGAAAUAAUUUGUUGAAGUAAGGUCCUUACACAUGAUCAGCACCAAAACACACGACAGUGUUCAGCCAUUCAUCUCCUAAGAAGAGAGCAUGGAUGCCCAAUCAAGCAGAAAUGUGUCCCCAGCAUGCACUGCUCCAUAUCUCAAUAUGUCUCAACAUGUCUCAGCAUGUCUGACCAGUCACCGCACUCACUUGACAUCUGAUUGACCUUGACCCAGUUUGUCACUGACCUUUAAAAACCUUAGAAAGUGAUGACACCUUUGUGUGAUCCAUGCAGAGUGACAGUGAUGGAAGAAUGGAGGAGAAAUUGAUACUUGUAGUGAAAUAAUUACCAGAGCUUUAUAAUAGUACAUUGAACACAUUCAUUGACCUUGGAAAGAAAAGUGUAGCAUGGCACAGAUGAGUACACCGUGCUACCAGGUUUGUAAAUUACAUGAAAUGAAAUUAAGCAAGUAGUUUGUUAUUCCCCUGUUUAUCAUAUCUAACAGACAUUUCCCAUAGCAACACCAAGUUCACUCUAAUAGCUCUUAAACAUCUUAAAUUGUGGUUAUUGAUUAGCUGCAGAGUUGGUUUGUAGUAACAGAAUACAAGCAUUGGCUUUACAUAUUCAGAAUACAGAAAUUAAGUAUUUGUAUUUAGCCCAUGUUGCGUUUCGAAACAUCAGUAUUCAGAGUACAGUUAUUUUAUACAUUUUGAUGAGAACUCCCAUAGAAUACUUCUCUUCUAAUCAGUGGUGAUCAACGUGUGGGACUAUUUGCUCACGUUUUCUUGAAAACCAAAUGGUAAAAAUGGAAUUUACAGCAGUAGAUUUUCUCUGUGUUGUAAUUCAUGUUACAAGCAUGUUUGUGCGUGUCUGUGUGCAGUUCCACUAUGUACAUUUGUACUACUCUGUCAUAGCGUGUUUCUUGUUCAUGUAACAUAAUAUAAUAGCAAGCUGAGGUCAAUUGAAAAGCCCCCCACAAUGAAACUUAAAUGCCCUUGUGCUUACCCUGCUCCUAAUGAAAAGUAAACAUACAAUAUUUAAAAGAAUAUGAACCAUUUUGAAAUCAGCUCACUCACAUUUCCUCCUGUGUGAACUACAUGUCGCACUGCAUUCCAGUGAGCAGUCACUACUCACCCAGUGGCCAUGUGCACCUUGUUGGGAUGCGCUUUACUUGGAAUAGGUUAGUAUUACAUUUGAUAAGAAAUCAGAAUCAUGUUUAUUGGCCAUGUAGGUUUGCACAUACGCAUGACACAUUGGCAGCCUACAUGCCAUGACACAUUGGCAGCACAGUGGCACAGUGGUUAGCGCUGUCGCCUCACAGCAAGAAGGUCCUGGGUUCUUACCCUGGGGUUGUUAAACCUUGGGGGUCAUCUCAGGUCAUCUUCUAUGUGGAGUUUGCAUGUUCUCCCCGUGUCUGCAGUGGGUUUUCUCCAGGUACUCCGGUUUCCCCCACCAUCAAAAAAAAAAAAAGACAUGCAUGUUAGGGUUAAUACUCCUGUCUGUGCCCUUGACUGCAGCAUGGCAAGACGACCUGGAGUUGGUUCCCAGGUGCUGCACGGCGGCUGCCUACUGCUGCUAGCUACACAGCUAGGAUGGGUUAAAUGCAGAGUGUAAUUUCCCUACAGGGAUCAAUAGAGUAUAUCAAAAUAAGAAAUAAUAAUAAUAAUCAUACAUGGAAUGUGACUCCGGUUUCAAGGCUCUCUCAGUGUACUUAACAUAGAAUAACAACACCACAACACAACAAUCUUCAGAUAUAUACACAAGGAUUGACCUAUACAGGUGAAAUAGGUGAUAAAGUGCAAUGGUGCAGAGAAUAUAAGAAAUGCUGAAAUAGAUGUUAGCAGGUUACUUACAUUCAUGCCUGAGGUAGAUGGACAUGACAAAGCAUACCAGUAUAUGUACAAUGUACAGUACAGUAUAUACAAAAUUGUUGGAUUUAUUGACAUUGUUAAGCGUUCCUUUGAAUGACAGCCUGCGGAAAGAAACUGUUUUUAUAUGUGGUUGUUUUGGGGUGCAGUGCUCUGUAGCGCCUACCAGAGGGGAGGAGUUGGAACAGGUUGUGACCAGGGUGUGAUGGGUCUGCAGUGAUGUUUCCUGCCCAUUUCCUGACUCUGGAAGUGUAUAAGUCCUGAAUGGAGGGCAGGUUGGCAUCAAUGAUUUUCUCUGCAGACAACUGUCCGUUGUAGUCUGUCCCUGUCUGUUGUAGCCUGUCCCUGCCCUGUUUGGUGGCCGAUCCAAACCAGACAGUGAUGGCUGUGCAGAGGACAGAUUGGAUUAUUGUAGUGUAGAACUGAAUCAGCAGUUCCUUGAAAUAAUAGGCAUUUGAAACUAUUAGGAUAUUUUAGUUAUAUGUUUAGUUUUCAUGGAAUUGGGUAUCCAUUUUGUAUUUAAAUUGUGUAAAACUGCUUUGUUUUUAAUUUAAACCUUAUUAAA